UUGUGUAUCGAGCUUAGCCAGCCGACAGACUAAUAAAAAGGUUAUUUUCGUGUUUUAAUCAUGGAUAAGAAUGCGACGCGGUACAAUGUACAACUAUAUAUUUACGAUCUAUCGCGAGGAAUGGCCCGCAGCCUCAGUCCCAUCAUGUUAGGAAAGCAGCUGGACGGGAUCUGGCACACGGCUAUAGUGGCAUACGGUGAUGAGUUCUUCUUCGGAGGGGAGGGGAUCUCUAGCUGUUCACCGGGUGGGACGAUGCUCGGUCCUCCAGACACAGUGGUCGAGCUGGGCGAGACUGAAGUGUCUGAGGAGAUCUUCAUGGAUUACCUCUCUUCUCUGGGAGAAAGCACCUACAGAGGUGACAGGUAUCGUCUGUUCGAGCACAACUGCAACACCUUCACCAACGAGGUGGCUCAGUUCCUGACGGGCAGGUCCAUCCCCUCCUACAUCACCGACCUUCCUUCUGAGGUCCUCUCCACACCGUUCGGCCAGAUACUGCGGCCCAUCCUGGACUCCAUCCACAUCGCCCCUCCAGGAGGGAACGUCAUCAACGGAGGGAGGAACGUCUAACCUGAGAGGGCAGCGGGGCCACAGAGUGUUCGCAAGGUCACUUCCAUUGUAGUCAGCCAGUGAGAAGUCUCAAACUAAUCGUCUUUUUUUCUGUAAAUAAGCUACACGCUGAAGCCGAUGGGUUUUUGUAAGAUAAGACUGCUGACCAGUUAAUCCUUAAAAUUCAUGAUUUAAAUCUAAUUUCCUCCUUAAAACCUUGUUGGUUCAUGAGUAGUACUUAGAGGGAGCUCACGGCUCGUUAAGUCUGAACGCGUCAAAUUCAAUGUGCUGAUAAGUGGGUUUACCGGCAAAGCCAGGUAUCAAAACAGUUACUUUCCUUCACUUUGAUGAAUGUUGCCUUCUAAGAAAUACAUCUACUAUAAGUCGGAUAUCCAGCCAAACUUACUCAGAAGUGAAAUGUAACAUUUAGAUUUGAGGCACUGCAACUUAAUUGAGCUAAUCUUAAUUUAUGUGUUUUCUCCAUAACAUAGAAAUAUUGCACUUUUAACCACAUUUAUCCAAUAGCUGUUAUUAAACCACAUACAACAUUAAAAUACCUCUUGCACAUUAGUGCAUCCAGCUUAUUAAGUACUUAAACAUUUGUACUCAGGUACAAAAUUCUCCUUUUCUUUAAUUUAAGUUGGAAUUUAACUUUUCCCCCAUUUUGGCUCUAUGGUGUUUAUAUAAUAGAGAUUUCAGUUAUUCAGUUCAGUUAUUUAAGAAGGAAUUUAGCUCUUUAGCUUUUUUUCACCACAUAUCAGGUUUCACACAUGGUUUCUGCAGCGAGAAUCACCUGCUGCUGACUACAAUGAAUUUAAUCUGAGUGCACACUUUUGCAAAGGUCUGUUUAAUAUAUUCAAUCGAGUGGAUGCAGGUUGAUGGAAAAUAAGGACGCUGCAUCUUGAGAGUCUUUUAAUGUCAAUCAUAUUUAAAUUUUGCACUCUUAUCAUUUCUUUUACUUCUCUUUGUUGUUUGGUAGCCUGUCGUUCAUUUCCCAUCAGCGAUCCUUUUUAUGCCUGUAGUAACUGUCUUUACUGUUUUUGUUUGAACUCGUCUGUGGUCGCCUACUUACUGACACCUUACGUUAUCAUUCCACUUGUCACAUGAUUUGUGAUAUGACAUACAGCAGGUGAUUGAUGCCACUCCGAGGUUAUAAGAUUAGAGGGGGAUAUAAAAUUUGUGUUGUCUCCGAUUGGAAUGAGUUCACUGUAAAUUCAGUUAUUCCUGUGUAUGUGAAAGCAAACCCUGGUCGACAUUUGUUAACAGCAGAGUUGAUUACAAAAGUGUAUGUCCUGCAGGGCAAGAAACCAACACAAGAAACCGUUUCAGAGUGCUGACAAAUCAUUUUCCAGAUAGUCCUGGUCCUUUUUUAAAAGAUUUUUGACAACAAAAGCAGUUUUCUUGGUCAGAAAUAACCAAACAUGAAGGGUUUUGAUAUUAAACCUACCCUCUGAUAUGAAAGCGAGCCACAGCCCUGUUAUAUGACAGAAAUUGUGCCUCCUGGCCUUGUUACCAGCUCCACAGGGGGAUGCUGAUCAUAGAGACAUUUCGUCAUACAGUAUUAUGAAAUACACACGUUGCCAUGUGAGUGAUUCUAAACUCCUGCACAUCCACAGAUUUUUUUAAAAUGUAGAGUUGACCAUAACGCUGUACUGUCAACUUAAUAGCAGCCUGCUCGAGUCCUUUAACAACCACCAGAGUGUGUUUCAUAGACAACACACCUCUGUGCCUUCAUUUCCCUCUGCUUGGCUGCAGUCACACUGUUGGGAGCUGGCAUGGUUAUCAUAUAGCACAGAUGGUAACUGCCGAUGUGUAGUUAGUUUACGAGUAGUUUAUGAUGCCCCAGAAAUCUUAAUAUUUAGAAUACGCAAAUGAGGUGAAAGGAGUUAGAGGCAGAGGCGAACUGUAGGAAACGUAAGCAGUUGGAAGUAUUCCAGAUGAAACAACAUCUGGAUCCAGUGACACUCACAGCCUAUAAUCCCAGUGCAUUACACGCUGCACUCUGCCACCAGAAAGAACACACAGCUGUCUGAUUUCAAGAUAAUACACAGAUCCCAUGUUUUAGGGGUCAUCUGAUUUAGACAGUGUUAAACACAUGAACCAUAUUGAACCUCACGAGCCUGAAGGGAGUGACGGAUGAAAGAAGCACAGAAAAACACGAGAUCUCAAAGAGCGGUUAAACCAGCAUCAACCUUCAUUGUGUUCUCCUGCAAUAAAUAACCCGUAGACACCUUUUACCUUCCAAGCAGUCGCCAUCACUCGGCACUCGAGGCUUGACCAUUUCUCUCGCACAGAAAUACUGGGUGUGCAAACAUUUCAAAACUUUAUUUUUCAUAAGGUUUAACCUGACAUUUUAAGCUACUUUUAGGUUAAUUCCCCUUUAAGAUACUAGAAAGCUCAGGUGAAUCUGGGACCUGUUAUUUUGCCUUCUGCUAUCCAACUAACUGACAUGCUAACCAGACCACUGAAAUGUAUUAUGGCACAAGUCACCCUUUGUUGCUCUGAUAUAUGUUGUUGCUGGCUGCUACCUGUAAUGUGAAAUUGCAACAGAUGUUUAUAGAUAUUAUUCCCUAUUUAAGUCAUCUAUCUAAAUAUAGUAGAUAUGUUUAUGCAUAUUGU